CGUGGAUCCCCUCGGCCCUCCCCGCGUACGGAGCCGCGCUCCUGCGGUGCGUGUGAGACUGCUCGCCGUUGCCAUCUCUGCGCUGUUUCCUCCUCUGGGAGAGCGGCCAAGCCGGCAGGCCCUGCGGAGGAGCCUAGUUAGAUGAGGCUCCGGUCAACGCUCAGGUCGGCGGCGGCGCCUGGGAGAAGCCGCGACCCGCCGCCGCCUCCUGCGGGAAGCCGAGGGCGUAGUUUCGCCGCAGCCUUUUCUUCACCCCUGAAUCGGAGCUGGAGGGAGGGACGGUGCUGCCACUGAACCGAAGGCACGACCUUGCUCCGUCGUCUCUUGCCAUCAGCCGGGUUUCCUUCUCUCUCUGUAAAUUAUCAGGAGGAAAAUGGCCAGAUUUUUGUCGAAUACCUGAGUUCUGCCUAGGGCUCAGAAGUGAGUUUAUUAAUGACGUCUCACCCUGACGUCCACACGUUCUUCGGAGGACUACGUAGAUUGGUCUACAAGAGAAAGGGACUCCUGGUUCUUAGAACUUUCCAUCUGUUCAUUUAAUACUUGGAGCUGCUUUAUGAGACAUGCCUAUUCAGGAAUCUGACCUUCCCCAGAAGGAACAGGAACAAAUGACCAAGUUUCAGGAGGCAGUGACAUUCAAAGAUGUGGCUGUGGUCUUCACCACAGAGGAGCUGGGGCUGCUGGACCUUACUCAGAGGAAGCUGUACCAAGAUGUAAUGGUGGAGAAUUUCAAGAACCUGGUUGCAGUGGGGUACCUUCCCUUCAAAGUGGAUAUGGUGUCCCAGUUGGAAGCAGAAGAAAAGCUUUGGAUGUUGGAGACAGAAACCCAGAGAAGUAGCCAUUUUGGCAAUACAAGAAAAAAUGAGAUGGAAACUCUUCAAAAAUUUGCAUUAAAAUACAUUUCACAUGCAGAGCUAUCCUGCUGGCAAAUCUGGAAACAGGUUGCAAGUGAAUUAACCAGAUGUCUUCAGAGGAAGAAUUUCCAGUUAUCACAAGGUAAUUCCAUUCAGGUUUUUGAAAGUGAGAGCAUUAUAAAGAACCAUAAAGGAAAUGGUUCCAGGUAUGUUGAAAAUGAAGAGUUUUCAACUUUAAGAACCCAGGAUUCUUGCCAGAAUGCAUAUCUGAGCAAGUCACAGAAUCUCAGUAGAGAUAAGCAAAUUGAUGUGAAAAGCAGUCUGCAUUUGUGUGAAGACUUGAUGAGGAAAUCACCAAUCAGUGAACACGUUAAAAAUGAGACAGAGCAAAAGCCCUGCAAAUGCGACAAAUGUGGCAGGAACGAUAUCUGUGGCUCCAAUCUGCAGUUACCCUUUCAAGAGAAACCACAUCCAUGUAGUGAGUAUGGAAUGAGCGUCCAUUAUAGUCCAGUGCUUCACCUUCAUCAGAAGGUUCACACAGGAGAGAAGUGCUUCAGUCAGAACACAUACCUGCAAACUCAUCAGAGAGUUCACCCAGGAGAGAAACUGGGUAAGUGUCAGGAAUCUGGUGAUUGCUUCAAUAAGAACCCUUUUUAUUCUCACCAGUCUAACCCAGGAGAAAAGUCCUAUAGAUGUGACAAUUGUGGCAAGAGAUUCAGUAGCAGCACAGGUCUCAUCAUUCAUUAUAGGACUCACACUGGAGAGAAACCUUACAAAUGUGAGGAGUGUGGUAAAAGCUUUAGUCAAAGUUCCAAUUUUCAGUGCCAUCAGAGAGUUCACACUGAAGAAAAACCAUACAAAUGUGAAGAGUGUGGCAAGGGCUUUGGCUGGAGUGUUAAUCUCCGUGUCCAUCAGAGGGUCCACAGGGGCGAAAAGCCUUAUACAUGUGAGGAGUGUGGGAAGGGAUUCACUCAGGCUGCACAUUUCCACAUCCAUCAGCGAGUCCACACUGGGGAGAAACCCUACAAAUGUGAUGUGUGUGGUAAGGGAUUCAGCCACAAUUCACCACUGAUAUGCCAUCGCAGAGUCCACACUGGGGAGAAGCCAUAUAAAUGUGAGGUGUGUGGGAAAGGCUUUACCCGAAAUACAGAUCUUCAUAUCCAUUUCAGAGUCCACACAGGAGAGAAACCUUAUAAAUGUAAGGAGUGUGGUAAGGGCUUCAGUCAGGCCUCAAAUCUUCAAGUCCAUCAGAAUGUCCACACUGGAGAGAAACGAUUCAAGUGUGAAAUAUGUGGGAAGGGCUUCAGUCAGUCCUCAAAGCUUCAAACCCAUCAGAGAGUCCACACGGGAGAGAAACCAUACAAAUGUGAAGUGUGUGGCAAGGACUUCAGUUACAGUUCAAAUCUGAAACUUCACCAGGUAAUUCACACUGGAGAAAAACCAUAUAAAUGUGAGGAGUGUGGGAAGGGCUUCAGCUGGAGGUCAAAUCUUCAUGCUCAUCAGAGAGUCCACUCGGGAGAGAAGCCCUACAAAUGUGAGGAGUGUGAUAAGAGCUUCAGUCAGGCCAUCGAUUUUCGGGUCCAUCAGAGAGUCCAUACUGGAGAGAAACCAUACAAAUGUGGUGUAUGUGGUAAGGGCUUUAGUCAGUCCUCGGGCCUCCAGUCCCAUCAGAGAGUCCACACUGGGGAGAAGCCAUAUAAAUGCGAUGUGUGUGGAAAGGGCUUUAGAUACAGUUCCCAGUUUAUAUACCAUCAGAGAGGACACACUGGAGAAAAACCUUACAGGUGUGAGGAGUGUGGGAAGGGCUUCGGUAGGAGCUUGAAUCUUCGCCAUCACCAGAGGGUCCACACAGGAGAAAAACCUCAUAAGUGUGAGGAGUGUGGUAAAGCCUUUAGUCUUCCCUCGAAUCUUCGAGUCCAUCUGAGUGUUCACACCCGGGAGAAACUCUUUAAAUGUGAGGAAUGCGGGAAGGGCUUCAGUCAGAGUGCACGCCUUCAAGCCCACCAAAGAGUCCACACUGGAGAAAAACCUUACAAAUGCGAUGUAUGUGGCAAGGACUUCAGUCACCGGUCUCGUCUUACAUACCACCAGAAAGUCCACAUUGGCAAAAAACUCAAGAAAUGAAAAUUUUUUUGUUGACUUCUGCCAGAAUGUACAACUUCAAGUUUUUUGAGUCUGUGCUGGUGAUGAAACCCUAUUAAAAUAUCGAGAGUUGAAGGGGUUUUCUUCAGACUCAGAAUCUAACACAUACUUUAAAAUGAUGACGUAGAACCAGAGUAACAGGACUAGAAUUCAAAUUUCGGGAAGAAAUUGAUAUUGCAUCCUGUUGGCAAAAUCCAGUUAAUAUAAAUGACCAUCUUUCAGUGUGACUCUAUGCGCAAAGGUAUUGUAUAAAAGGAUAUUUGCCAUAUGUUAACUAGUUAUUAUUUUUGAUCAGGAAGGGUUUUGAACUAUUUUUCCUUUAACUUUCCUUUUAUACUUACAGUGGUCAUUAUUUUUACUAAAAAGCUGUAAAGCUAUAGAAAAAUAAAAUUGCUGACUAAAAAUUUCCUGUUACUAAGGAUGUACAACAUGAUUAUUUUAUGUAGUAUAAAGGGCUAUAAUUAAGUAGUAGAUUCUCAGAGAUGAAGUUUUGAUCUUCAAAUGUAAAUUUAUGUCUGCCAUGAUAUAUAAGAAAAGAUAUUAAUUGAAUCAUUGUUUUAGUAGCAAACAAAUAACCAGUUGGAUUGCCAAGGUAUUUUAUGCAUUAUCAUUGCAUGGAAUACUAUACAAACACUAAAUGAGAGAAAGUAAAUUUGUAUUUACAGAGGUUGGAAGAUUUUCAGAAUUUAUUAAUCUGGGAAAACAUAAAACAUGAGUCUUUGUGAAAUCCUAUUUUUUUUAAGAAAAAGUAUAGAUGUAUAGAUAUUUCUAAUUAUCUCUAAAUGAUGAGAUUUUGAUUCAUAUGUUUAUAUUUUUUUAUUUUGAAAUCAUAUGAAACUUAGAAAAACUGUAAAAUUUAUAUAAAUUCUCUCACAUACCUUUUAUCCAGAUUCAUCUUAACACAAUUGAGUCAGUCUUCACUUAUCUGGAUGUGCAUAUGUAUACACACUAUUUUCUUAACCACACAAGAAUAUAUUGCAGUCAUCUUGCCCUUACACUCAAUACAAAGUAUAUUUUCCUAAGAAUAAGAAUAUUUACUUAAAACAGCUAUGCUAUAAUAUUCAGGAAAAUUUAAUAUUGAUAUUUAAGAUCUUAAUUCUUUCACCAAUGCCACUUAUUACUAUAGCUUAAUUGUAAGUCUCUAAAUCAGGUAGCAUGAGUUCUCUAACUUUGCUUUUUCGAAAUUGCUUUAGCUAUUCUAGUUCUUUGUUUUUCCAUGUAAUUUGGAGAAUCAUUUUGUUGAUUGGAAAAAAAAAAAACCUGCAUGGCUUUUAAUGGGAAGUGUAUUGGAAGACUUGGCAUGUUUGUGUCUUCCCAUUCAUCUAUCUCCUUCCUGUUGACUUAGGUGUUUUAUUUCACUAGUGAUUUUUAUUUUUCAGUGCACAGAUACUGCUUUGUGUUUUGUUAGAUUUGUAGUGAAAAGUUUUCUGAAAUCUUAAUAUUACAGGUUUCUACUUGUUUAUUUCUAGUAUAUAGAAAUCCAUUUUAUUUAUAUUAAUAUUGUACUCCUAGAACUCUAGACCUAUCUAAACUCACUAGUCUGGUACCUUUUAAAUAGAUUCUAUAUAAUCAGGUUGUCUGAAAAUGGAGAUACUUAUUUCUUCUUUUCCAGUUUGUUUUUUGCACGUUUGCUUAUUUCUUUAUUAUACUUUUUUUAUUAUUAGUUGUUCAAAACAUUACAAGGCUCUUAACAUAUCAUAUUUCAUACAUUUGAUUCAAGCAGAUUAUGAACUCCCAUUUUUACCCCGUAUACAUAUUGCAGAUUCACAUCUUUAUUACACUUUUUAAGCCUUCCAAAAAGCUGUUGCAUGGAAGAGCUGAGAGGGAAUGUCCUUUUUCUUGAUCUUAGAAAUUAGUCUUUUUUUUUUUUUUGGUACUGGAGAUUGAAUACAGAGCUUGGUGCAUGCUAGACAUGUGCUCUGCCACUGAGCUAUGUCCCCAGCCCAGUCUUUUAGGUGUUAUAUUAGCUGGAGGUUUUUGUCACAGCCUUUAUAUGAAGUUAAGGAAAAUCCCUCUCUUCUUAGUUUGCUGCAAAAUUUUCACAAUAAAUGGAUGUUGCAUUUUCUUAAA